GAAACAGCAACGUUCAAGCAAAUAGGAGCUUGCAAAGUGAUAGCCGCAGCCGACAACGACUAGCAACUGCAGCCUCUUCGUGUAGACGACUUGGAUUUAGCUCCGGUUGCUGCGGAUGCGCCUUGUGAAGCGGCUCUUAACCUUUGCUUUCGCCUAAGAUCGGCGAAGAGAGCUGCGGGCGAAACACCAUGUGGUGAAAAGGAGCCUUGAGUCGAGGAAGCGGUCGGGCUCUACACUGCACGCGCGCUUGACUGGGAGGGGAAUCGGGCGCCUCGAAAAGGGGAAAAGCAAGUUCCAAGUUGGCGGAAAGCAGAGCAGCGACAAGGCGGCGGCAAGCUUGUUUCGCGAAUGCCCCCUUUUUACCGAAGCCUUCCCACUGCUUACUAGCACUCUCUCCAAGCUGUGUGGAUGCGGCGUGCGACUGAAUUGCUGUAGAUCAGGUUUGCAAAAGCAGCUCGAUCUCCUUUACCUGGCAGCCAGAGAAGCCUCGUCCUUUAGGAUUCCCUGGCGCUGAGCGAGCCGUCGCCCGCGGAGAAAACUGUUGGGCUUCAUGAACAAGUCGCUGGAGGGGAGGGCGGUGUAGUGCACCCCCAUGAAUGUUCGUGUUUCGUCAGGAAAGGUGUCCGGGGGCCAAGCAAGUUGGAUUUCUUUCCACGUCAGGAACUGUGUUUCGUGAUCGCUUCGUGCGCACGGAAAGAAAGGGAAAUAAAGAAGAACUUGGCCUCUCCGACCGAACGGGAGGUGGAGAUCGAGGAUCGGGGGGAAUCGCGAAGCUCACCCGCUUGGGAAUGGUUGCUCCGGCAUUUUGAGACUUUAUCAUUACACGCUACCCUAUGGAUCUAACUUAGCGAGGGUGGUGCUUUCACGCGGAUUUGCCAUUCAAAGACGAUUUCAGAUGCAUGCCAGGUUCCUGGUGAAUGCCAGAAGUAGAGAUCACUACAGAUGGAGUCCCAAGGUCAUCACGGCAAUGGCAGUUCAGUAGUUGUCCUUCAGCAGCCUUCUUUGGAUAGCCGGCAAAGAGAUGCUCAGCCCACCACUAUCUUGUCGCUGGAUCAGAUCAAGACUAUCAGGGGCAGCAAUGAGUACACUGAAGGCCCAUCGGUGGUGAAGAAGUCCACUCCACGGACAGCUCCUAGACCAGAAAAACGAGAAAGGACUCAUGAUAUCAUACCGAUUAAUGUGAAUAAUAAUUAUGAGCACAGGCCUAGCCACUCAGGGCAUGUGCUGCAUCAAUACAACACAAGAGCUCCUGUGUUGAGCAGGUCCACAAGCACUGGGAGUGCUGCUAGCUCUGGAAGUAACAGCAGUGCUUCUUCAGAGCAGGGGCUUCUGCUAAGGUCACCUCCAUCUAGGCUAGGGCCAGGCCACAGAUCAGAAAGGCCAAUCAGGACGCAACCCAAGCCAUCGUCUCUGAUUGUAGAUGACCUGAAAAGUCCCUUGAAAGAGGACUCAACGCAGCACAAGUUUAUCUGUGAACAGUGUGGAAAGUGCAAAUGUGGAGAGUGCACCGCACCCAGGGCCUUGCCCUCCUGCUUGGCCUGCAACAGGCAGUGCUUGUGCUCAGCAGAGAGCAUGGUGGAAUACAGCACCUGUAUGUGCCUGGUCAAAUGCAUUUUCUACCAUUGCUCCAAUGAUGAUGAAGGGGACUCUUUUGCGGAUAAUCCUUGCUCCUGUUCCCAGUCACAUUGCUGGUCUAGGUACUUGUGCAUGGGGGCCAUGUCAUUGUUUUUGCCUUGCCUGGUCUGUUAUCCUCCUGCAAAAGGAUGCCUAAAACUGUGCCGAGGGUGUUAUGACCGGAUCAAUCGUCCAGGCUGCCGAUGCAAAAACUCCAACACUGUUUAUCGUAAGCUAGAAAGUUGCCCUUCUAGGGGCCAAAGCAAGCCCUCCUGAUUUCUGGGGGGGAUGUUCAGUUCCUUAGACUGUCUUCAGGUUGUGGCUGGCUUUCCUGUUUUCAUUUCACACCCUUCCUCCAUUUCUUUCUUUUCCUUUUUCAUGCACAAGCUCUUCAUCUUGCACCAUAGCUUCUCACAGUGAAGGCAAACCUAUCUAUUUUCUUGGCUUUUACUAAGCAUGACCCACAUACUUGCAUCCAGUUUCUUUCUUUGGCAAGUCAUCUCAGGUUUUUUGAUAAUACCCUCCUGAAAGAAAACACAAGGAUCCUGGUUUUUUUCAGAAAUCUUCAACUCUCCAAUCAACUUCCCAAAGAUGCUCUUUUGUUUUGUGCAACUCUUUUUUAACCAACUGUAUCUGUUUCCUUUUUAUUUUUAUUUUUUAGAAACUUCAUAAUCCAUGAAAAGAAAGAAAAAUCAUUUGUUAUAUGGGUGCAACCCUAGCAAAUUAAGUCUUGCCUUCUUUUGAAAUUGUAACCAGCCUUUUGUUUUCACCUUCACCAUUCUUUAACUCUUCUUGGCCCAAAUAAUGAAAUCUUACUAGCUUAGCUUUCCCCCACCUUCACUGCACAUUGGAGAUGCUAUGGCUACAGCUUUCUUCAUUGGUUUCUAUAGCUUUCAGAUGUGUACAAGGCCUUAAAUUUUCGGUUUUUAAAUGUUUCUUCUUUUGAUACUAAAGUUGUUAGUUUCUGCACAUCUGAGUAAUCUUCAGGCAUCAUACAGUUCAGGUUGUGUAAACAUUCUCUGAUCUCUUUAACACUUCUAUUAUUUCUGCAGCUUAAUGACAUUUAACUACAACCAUGUGCUCAGUAACUUUAAUCCUUUCUGCUUUUAUUGCCUUAGCCACAAAUUGUGGUGCUUUUUGUAUAUUUUAUGUAAAAACACAAAGUUGAAUUCUGACUAUUUUUAAGACAAAGGUCUGUUAAAACUUUUUUAUUGUAAAGAAUAUUUAUUAUGUGAAUCUCUAUUUUAUGAUAUUUAUUACAAAGGACUGUUCCAAAAAUGUACUCCAGGCUGAAUAUAACAAAAUAUCAAUACUUAACGAAAAUAAGGGUGACACAAAGAAAGUACAUAUGUUAAACUAUAAUGCAGAAAAUAUAAUAAUUAAUGAAAAUGUCUCGGGUUCUUUAUUUGUUAAUAUAACAAUAAGUUGUUAGCAGUAUUAGUAAGUAAAGGCUGCAAUCCUACGUCCACUUACCUGGGAGUAGUUCUAGUGAACUCAGUAAGACAUUUCUGAUUAGACAUAUAUAGGAUUGCAUUGUAAGAGUACUGCUGCUUUUAUUCCUUCCUCAUUUUUCAUGACUGUGAAACCACUGCUAGUAUUCUAGUUUUAUUUAAUCACAUUUUCUUUAAAACAUUCAGAUGAAUUUUUGCUCUGAGAUUCUUCACACAAGUAUUGUAUGUCGCUCAGUCAGCUGGACAACAUAUAGUCCCCAAGCUACAUUUGUGCAGCUAUAAAGUUUUUUUGUAGACUACUUACAAACCCGCCAUUGUUAUCUUAAAGCUUCUAGUUCUCAUGGCUGCAAAUAGGAGUGUGAAAGUGGCAUGAAAAAAAUUGCUAAACAUUUGGAAAAGAGGAUCUGAGCAAGAAGAUGCCUGAAUUACAAUUUUUACAAAAACUAGAAUUUUUCAAAUUGCAUGAAGUCCAUAUAUUGUGUCCCUGUCCCUAAAAGGUUGCUGUGACUUUCAGACUUUAAAAGUACUGUAGAAUAAAUGUAACUUGUGAACUCAUCCCAGUCUGGCACCUGUCAGAUUCAUAAAACACGCUGACUAAUUGCAUCCACAUCACUUGUUAUUUACAACAUGGCUUUCCAUGCUGAAUCUGUUUCCUACCACUGUUCUCUAUGGUGAUUGGAGUCUUGUGUUUAGCCUCUUUACAAGGUAUCUUGGAAACAACACUGCACAUUGGCUUAAGUGCUUGCUUUCUCUAAAAUACCAAACGUGCCUGUCCAUAUUUAGAAAUAACAUGUUUUGGUUGAAUGGUAUUAUCUAUUUUAAAGUUUGUAUUUGAAUAUGAAUCAGAAGGGCAAAAAUACCUUGUAUAGCUCAAGUCCAUUACUUUGGGAAGCUUUUGGGUAAUUUUAAUUCUUGAAUUUUGCUCCAUUGUGAUCUGUUUACCAUGAUAAGCUUCCAAAUGAUUAAACAAAUUUUAAUAAGAAUUAGCACAGCAUUCCACCUCUUGCUACUGUUCUAAGCUGUUUCUUACAUCUAGGCAUUAGGGCAUAGUACUACAUCGAUUGGAGUAUAGUGGCAAACAAAGUGUAUGCAAACUAUCUUCCUUAUUUUAGGUUACUGAAGAAAGCAUAUAUUGCUGCACAAAGGCUUCUUAAAUCGUGAUAAUUUGUGUCCAUUACUAUGUUGAUAGUUGCCCUCUUCAUGUAGAAGGACUGAGUAAGUUCAGUUCUUGUGAUAGAAGCAGCAUUGACAGAUUCCGUGUUUCUCUUGUUCAUUGCUUUAUUAAAAAUGUUUGUGUAAAAAGGCUCACUGUAUCUUAAUCACUUGACUUCAAAGCUGUCCCUUUUGUAAGAGAGAAGUCAGAAUUGUUUAUAAAGUAUAGCUAUGGCUAUUAUAAUUUGGUUUGAUCUUGACACUGCAUACAAGCACCUUAGUGUGGCUAGGGCAAGUUAUAAACACGGGAUUCUGUGUACAGUUUGCUUUUAAGGAAAUAUCCCUGCAUGCACAAGGUGUUGUGAUGGGGUAAUCCCAAGACAUUCAAGCCUUAGAUGAACAUACGUGGGUUGGCAUUGUCAGCUCUGUGAGCACCACUGGUAAAAGUCUUGGCAUUAGUAGCAAUCAUUUGUUUGGUGAGUAGGAAUAAGUGAGAUUCUUGCAUGCAGCAGUACACUGUUACAUGAUAAUAUCUCCAUAUUGCUCCAAAUUAAUCAAGGUGUGUAAUAAACAUAAUCUCUUCAUUUCCUAAUUCUCCAGUUGAUUUGUUCAAGACUCUCACAAAUGAAAAUAAGCAUGUAAUAUUUUGAUAUUUUUUCCAAAUGUAUCUUUCUACAUGAUCAGUUUUUUGCACAAUAAAUGCACAUCUAUUUCUCA